AUGUCGUCGAGUCAAAAAGGGCCGCCCUCCUCGCCAUGCACUCCUCCGUUGAGCGCAUCCAACCCAGUCAAUAGCAAUUUACUUAAUCGGUGGUUGACGCUUCUAGCGAUCAGAGUUCUUGAUCGUUUUCGACAUCGAGAAGGGAAUGUUCUCAUGGUGACGGAUGUAAUAUGCGUCAAAUAUGGUCGCCGCGUGCAUUUGUCUGAAGCAUCAACAAUGCAUUUCAUAUGGCAACAUACAUCUAUCCCAGUGCCAAAAGCCUUAUGUGCAUUCACUCAUUCUGGUCGUACUUACAUUGUGAUGGAAAGGAUUAAGGGAGACAUCAUUGGCAGUGGCUGGGUAAGACGAAGCGAAGAUUCAAAGGCAAAACUUCUUUCACAAUUAGCAAGACACAUCCACGAGAUGCGCAUGGGGGUGGCUUCGGUUGAUGGAGGACCGCUUUUUGACUGCCGUGUUCCUGGGCCUUCCUUGCGCUUCGGUCCCUUUGCUACAACCCAGGAUUUCCAUCGGCAUUUACGCAGGGGCAUGGAAUUUGAUCUAAGACUGGGCCCUGAAAUCCAGGAACUUAUCAAACAACAACAAAGCAAGACUUGGCCUUUGGUAUUUACACAUGGUGACCUUAGCAGUCUCAACAUCCUCGUUCGCCAAGAUGAUAUCGUUGGUAUCAUUGAUUGGGAAACCUCUGGUUGGUAUCCAUCAUAUUGGGAAUAUACUUCUGCCCACCAGGUCAACCCACAGAACUCUUUUUGGGUGCAUGAGAUUGACAAAUUCCUACAAGCAAUGCCUGAAGAACUGGCUAUGGAACGGAUCCGUCAAAAGCACUUUGGAGAUAUCUAA